AUGCUUCGAUACAAGUUCAAGAUGCUACAUGCACCAGGUGCCAAGAACCGAGCACCAGAUGCCAUUUUGCGUAACCCGACUGGAGAUGCAGAACCAAUGGUACUCACUGAUGACAUCUCAUCAGUAUCCCUGAACAAUGAAUCUUACCUGUACUUAUCAGUUGCUCAUUCAAUUGAAAACUUGAAAUGUGUAACAUGGGACAAAGUGCGCACAGCUACCUCGAGCGACGAAUCUAUGCACCAACUAGUGGAGAUUAUAGAAACGAGUGUUCCUGCCGCUCGUACUGACUUUCCGUCUUCCCUACAAGAUUUCUUCCUGUUUAGAGACCAUUUGUCCACAGUUGACGGUGUCGCUAUCUACAAAGACCGACUGGUGAUCCCACCUUCCCUACGACAGGAUAUACUUACCUCCCUUCAUUCCGCUCACCAAGGGGUAACAUCAAUGGCAUCUAGGGAUGAACAGUCUGUCUUCUGGCCAGGAAUAACUGCUGACAUCACGAGUAUAAGGAAUAAUUGCUCACAUUGUAAUCGUAUGGCACCUUCUCAGCCCAAUCCUCCUCCAACACCACUUGUAUACGCUCAAUACCCGUUUCAAUGUAUAUCUGCUGACUUCUUUCAUUACAAGGGUGUAAAUUACCUUGUGAUAGUGGACAGGUAUUCAAACUGGCCCAUCGUAGAAAGAUCUACCAAUGGUUCAACGGGUCUAAUAAACAGUUUGCGAAAAACAUUCGUUACUUUUGGAAUUCCAGAUGAACUUGCCUCAGAUGGGGGCCCAGAGUUCACUUCGACUGCGACACAAGAUUUCUUGAAAACUUGGGGUAUACACCACAAACUCUCUUCCGUGGCAUUCCCACACAGUAACUGUAGAGCAGAGGUUGGUGUCAAAAUGAUAAAGCGCAUGAUCACUGACAACACCGGCCCGAAAG